GUUCUCGGCUGUUAUAUAUCUCGAGCACAAAUCCGGGAAUGUAGGGGGAAGAGUAAAGAUGAAAGCAUCCUUUCACACCCGGAAACAUCCAUUGAAUCUCUGCCGCGUACAGACAACGUUGCAGCUUGGACAUGUUACAGACCGAACCCGAUUCAUAUGCUGGGUCUGAUCAUCGACAUUCGGGUAUUGGUAGUCGGGAACGGCAGCGCGACGGCUCUGGGAAUUUUUUCCCUUUUUCUAUAUUUUCCUCUCCUUAUUUUGUAGCUUGUUCGUCCUUGCCUCGACAAAAUCGAGUCGAACUCGCCCACAUUAUUAUUUCUGCCGAAACAUGGCGGAGCGAAAGAAUUCAGAAACUGGAGCGACCAGACAAUCUCAUGCACCACCAGCAGCUUCAUUUCCUACACACAACUCGCCCAGGACGUGGUUGAUCACCGAGUCGUUAUCCCCAUUGGCCAUACGUCUUAUUCGCCUUCUGCUGGCCCAUGGAGACUAUGUGGUGGCGUGUCUGCCACCCCAGGAGAUAGAGGACGAGGCUCGGAGUGCCGAGUUUCGUGAUCUCAUUAGCGAGUGCAAGAGCAAUCGCAAGGACCGUGAGGGCUGGAAGGACCGGAUCCGAGGCAUACGCUGCGAUGGCCGUGCCAUGGGUCCAUGCGGCGCUGCCGUCGCCGAAGCCAUCCAGGCAUUUGGCCGUAUAGACAUCUUGCUUUGCUGCAAGUUCCAAGCUGUCGUCGGCACUGUGGAAGAACAGUCCGUUUCUGCAAUCACUCAGAACCUAGUGAGGGACCAGUUCGAGACCAUCUUCUUCUCACAGGUUAAUUUCAUCAAGGCAACACUCCCGCACCUCCGGGCACAACGCACCGGCCACAUCAUGAUCCUUACCACCAUCGGCGGGCACAUAGGCACCCCGGGCAUGCCCAUUUACACAGCUUCAACCUGGGCCCUUGAGGGCUUCUGUGAUUCGCUGGCUUAUGAGAUUGCACCGUUCAACGUCAAAGUGACCAUUGUGCAGCCUAAUAUGGAGAUACAAUCCCUCACAAACCGAGUCACCUUUACACCUCAGCUCUCAUACUACGAUAACGAUGCCAAUCCGGCGCCAUCUAUACGAGACAUGCUUAUCAACGUGGUGAAUACCAACCCCGAAACUGCCAUUGAGCCCUCGCACACGGGGGUGGUCUCCCGGUACCCGAAGCUGCCUCCCCAGGUGGUGGAGAAGCUUGUAACGGAGACUGUACACGCCCUGACAGCUAUUGGCGGCCAUGAAAAUCCACCCGCCCGCCACAUUGUUGGCUUCGAGGGCGCUACCGCGGUCAAGGAGAAGCUACGGACGGUGACCGAGGAGUUGGAGGACUUUGUCGAAGCCAGCCUGUCGGUCGACAUAGUCGAGAGUGACCCGAAAAACGAGGCGUCAGACAAGGAUCAAGCCCCAGAAUCAAGCGGCUGAGACGGGAUGAUAGCCGAUUCCCCUUCUGUGAAAAUCUAGGUUGAUCUUAGGUUGCAACACUCUAAUAAUAUUUAGCCAUUCUAGGAAUCAGAUCUCGCCAUGCGUAGUUAAAUAUCCAAAAGCAGACUUCAGUAGG